UAGCGACAAGCUGCAAUUAAUUCAUUACAACAUGGAGACAGAGAAAGACGACAUUUGCUCAUCUGAUGAGAGCGUCGACUCUGUUGAGACAGAGUCAGAGGAUUGCAUCGAAAUAUCCAGCGAUGACCUCGAAACCCGUGAGGAAUCAUGCCAAAUCGCCUACGGUAUUGUCAGCAAGGAAAACCUUCGUAAGUUUGUUCAAGCUGUCGACCCAAUGUCUACAAUGGAUGAUCUCGCUUUGGAACUGUUUGGCAAGUUGGCAGAUACCUUUGUGGAUGAUGUCUGCGAAAAGAUGGUUAAAGUGUGCGAGAACCCGUUUCAGCAGAUAAACCAAGAUGUCCUGGAGCGUACCCUCGAGCGGGAGUACAACAUUAAGCUGCCCAAAAAAUAAGCUACUCAACAGCAAAAAAAUUAAAUUUUAACACUAAUCGA